AUGGUGGAAGGUGAUUUCUGUCAACUUGAUCUGCUACAAGGACUCCUUAUCAAUCUUGCAUGGGCGCACUAUCAAGCUAAACCAAAGAGAUACAUACAGCAUUUACAUCUCGCCACAAGUAUCAUAAGUGACCUGCGCCUCGAUAAACCUCGGAGGCCGCAGCUGUGGAGUGCCGAGGGCGGUAAAGAUAAGAACAAGCCAGACUGGGGUCCUGAUGAGAAAACACGCCAAUUCUUUUACACGUCAUAUAUCACUGCAUGCUGCGAGCACCUUGCAUCUUGGAACGAGUACCCAACGGAUAAAUAUCUUCCGUAUAUGAUUACAGUGCAAACGCUCAUCGAGGGAGUUGAAGAUCUUGUCAAUAACACGGUGUCUACUAACAAUGGUCUGCAUUUCUUUUCUGGAUGUCAGGAGAUUUCGCAAAAGUGCACUGAGAUCAAGGAAACCCUGCCUUUCCCACUCAGUGAGAGCCCACCCUUGCUUCUUCAGAUACAUAUUCUGGAACUCCUUCUAAGCCAAUCAUCGCCGAGAGGAACGUCAUUUGGUCUCGAUAAGUUUAACAACCAAUUCGAACACGAAAGUUCACUUAUAGACUGGCUCUCGGCGAGUAUGUCAGCCGCUCGCUCCCUCAUUAGUGUAAUUCUCGUCAUGCCACAAGGUGAAGAGAUGUACAUGUCGAACAUGGGCUGGAUCAUGAUGAACUGCGGCCUAAACCUUGCUGUUCGCCUCGAUCUUGUGGCUGCGAGAGGAACUAUGUCUGGAUCUAUGCAGCAUCUUCGUCGAUUCUUGGAUAUGCGACAUACCCUUCGUCAAUUGGUCUUGCGGUUCGAAGCGACGCCGGGCCAGGAUGCACCAGCAGACCAUCCGUUCUAUGCUCUUGCGAAGCGAAUACGCCGACUUGAAAAUUGGUACCUUUCUCAAGCAGAGCAUCAGACACCAGAUUCAUCAGUAUCCAUAAGUCCAUCUGUCAAUGACCAGUCGUUGCUGAGUGUCGGUACUGAUGCCAGUGGCAUGUCAGUUGGUGCAUCAAUGCCGUUUAUAGCCGGUCCAUGGCCAAUGAACUCAGAUUGGUAUCAGAACCCUGACCUCGACAUCGGCACUUUUCUCUUUGCAGAUCCUGCUGAGUUUCCUAUCAACUUAGGUUACGGAACUUAG